AUGCACAUACCCAUCUGGGCGACCACCGUCUUUUUAUUCAGCAUCAGCGGAUUUGCUGCUGCUGCUCCUGCCGAUACAAAAUCAAACAACAGCCCUGAUCCACGCACUGAAGUGAUCAAAAACGCGUUUAGACACGCUUGGAAUGGAUACCAUCAAUACGCUUUUGGACACGAUGAGCUGAAACCAGUGACGAAUGGCACAAACGAUUCACGCAAUGGGUGGGGAGCAUCCAUUUUUGAUGCCCUGGAUACAAUGAUUAUUAUGGGUUUGGAAGAUGAAUACCAACAAGCCUUAGAACAUGUAAAAAACGUUGACUGGAAUUCCACAAGUGACCCCAGCAAGACUUUUGAGACCAACAUUCGAUACCUUGGAGGAUUACUUUCAGCGUAUGAUUUACGCCCUGACCAAGCCCUUUUAGACAAGGCAAUUGAGCUGGCGGACAAAGUCAUUAUGCCAGCCUACAAUACACCCCAUGGCAUCCCUGCUGCUUAUGUGAAUGUUGCCACUGGCGAGCCAACCGAUGACCAUGAUCUCAUCUUGGCUGAAUUUGGAUCCUUGCAGCUUGAGCUUGUGCGUCUUAGUCAACUCACCGGCAAUGAGCGUUAUGCCUCCGUUGCCAACGAGGUCAUUUACGCCAUUGACAAUGUAACGACACCAUUCCCUGGUCUUUAUCCCAUCACAUGGUCAUUAGAUGACUUUACACCUUCAAGCAGCUACAUUACGAUUUCCGGUGGUGGUGACAGCUAUUACGAAUACUUGUUAAAGACCGACAUGUUGAUGCGAGAUGAACAUCAGCUUAACAUGUGGAAGAAAUCAGUCGACAGCAUGCAAACAUACCUUCGAUCUGAAGCCACCAGCGACAUGGUAUUCUUGGGUGAAUUGAAUGAAGAUUACAAGCUGCUGCAAACGGGCGAAUUAGUGUGCUUCAUCCCUGGCAACUUGUUGCUCGGAGCACGUUACCUUAAUGAUACCAAUAUUGCCAAAUUUGCCAAUGAGCUCAUGGAUGGCUGCUAUGAUGCAUGGGCAUUGACGCCAACAGGAAUCGCACCUGAAACAUGGGGAUGGAUUGAUAAGAGCCAAAACAUGACCAGCUUCCCUACAGCUAUGCAAAUGGCUAUGCAAACGACUGGAUACAUUGCUCAAGAUCUUUCAUAUGAUCUAAGACCAGAAACUCUUGAAAGCAUAUUCUACUUUUACCGCCUCACUGGUGAUACCAAGUACCAGGACAUGGCAUGGAAGAUUUUUGAAUCCAUUGAAAAGUAUUGCAAGACAUCAGCUGGAUACACUCGUAUCGGUGAUGUGUCUAGUGUCGAUCAAGUUAAUCCCCUUGACUUUGAAGAAAGUUACUUCUUUGCCGAAACCUUGAAAUACCUUUACUUGAUCUUUAGCGAUCCCAGUGUCAUCUCUUUGGAUGAAUACGUACUCAACACGGAAGCCCACCCCUUUAAACUCACCAACAAGAUUAAGAUCCAAGCAGAGUUCUAG